AUGACUGACACUGACAAAAUAUACCAGCAUGCCGACUCAGAUGGUCACUUCCGACGCAAAGAUUCGGCAUUUCGAUCCUGGAUAUCUCGGUAUCCAUCGGCUGAAUUUCCCGCCGAAAAGGACCGCUAUGUGCUUUACAUCAACUUGGGCUGUCCCUGGGCACAUCGAGCCAAUCUGGUCCGGACCCUGAAGGGAUUACAGGACAUCAUUCAGAUGGUAGUCCUGGCCCCCGAGCUAGGCCCAGAUGGAUGGUUUUUCUCGGGUCAAUGGGGAUCUGCUGAGAAAGAUCCCCUUUACGGAUUCAAGUUUCUAAAGCAACUUUAUCUCAAAGCAGACCCUCAUUACGAAGGACGAUACACAGUACCGACUUUGUGGGACAAAAAGAAGGAGACAAUUGUCAAUAACGAAAGCAGCGAAAUUAUUCGCAUGUUCUAUACCGAGUUCGACCACCUUCUCCCCCAGAAUUUGCGUGAAAUCAACCUUCCUGGUGGCGGAUUCUACCCAGAACACUUGAGGAAUGACAUUGAUGCAAUGAAUGCAUGGGUUUAUCCUCUGAUUAACAACGGAGUCUACAAGACGGGUUUUGCUACCACCCAAGAGUCAUAUCUUGAAAAUAUCUACCCCCUUUUCAAGGCUUUGGAUCGCAUUGAAGCACACUUGGAUCAACCAGAGCAUCAGCCGUUCCUCUUUGGCAAGCAUAUCACCGAAGCUGACAUUCGCUUGUACACGACUAUUGCUCGAUUCGAUGUGGCCUACUACCUGAUCUUCCGAUGCAAUCUGAAGAUGAUCCGACACGAUUAUCCGCUCCUGGACCGCUGGUAUCGAAGGCUCUAUUAUGAUGUGUCUGAGCUGACUAGAGGCGCUUUCAAGGACACGACCUUUUUUGAUAUCUACAAGUUUGGAUAUUGUUCUGCUAUUGGCAGCAAGACUGGCGGGGCUCAAUUGUUGAUUCCUGCUGGUCCGGUCCCUGAUAUUCUCCCCCCACACCUAAGUCCAUAG